UUGGCCAGCCUCCAGGAGGCUGCCGCGAUAUGGCCCUAUACGUCUUGUGGGACUUGGGCAGUGUCAUGCCAGAAUCCAAGGUGGUCAUCCUCAAAAAUAUGUUUUUGUUUAUGAGGAUAAUCUCCGUUGCAGCUUCUAGGGAAAAUAACUAUCGGUGGCAAGAUCUUCAUGUUGGCCGGUAUCUUUACUUCACCUUUGCCAACGAUGUCUACAUUCAUCACGCCAACAUUCUAUGUCUGCUUUCCACGUUAAUAUUCUGGCCUGGCUCCUAUUCCGGUGCUGCACCUGCUGACCGUCUGGAAAACAAGUGAACAACCACCGUCCCUCCCCUUAACAGCACAACGCUUGCUCAGCUGUAUUCAUGGCUUCUUCUCUUUUUCUUUUUGACGAUGAUGCACUCAAUAUAUCAGUCUCUGCCCACCAGCCUGCAGGUUCGUACUUUGAUCUUGUGCCUAUGGCGCUCAGCGAUGAAAGUAACACAAAUAUACCAUUGGAUGAUUAUUUACUAGCCACUCCGUCUUUCGAGAAGACUGUGGCUGAUGAUUCCGCAUGGCAUACUCGUGUACUACAUGCGCCACAGCCCAGACAUCCCCUCAUUUACCAGUGGUGUCAUGAUUCUCCUUACGCUUACUCGCUGAUGAACAACCAGAUGGACGUCUCUCGAUCUUCCGCCCCCUCCCCCAUUCUCGCGAUGCAGGAUAAUUUGCUUGAAAAUUUCCGCAACGUCUGCGAUUAUCCACGGCCUCCUGUUCCUCCGCAUAACCGCAGUGGUCGCUUCCACCCAUACCACCCUCAUGAGUACCAUAGUACCUAUUUUUGUCAGUGGGACAACGAAGGAAGGCUUUGCAACCAUGAGCUUCAGGCUACACCUAAAGAUGUUCUUGCCCAUCUGCGCGAACACCAUCGCAUUGGGGUCGACAACAAGGAAUCCUGCCGUUGCCUAUGGGCUACACCUCAUGGUCUCUGUGAGAAACAGCUGAAGAUCCAGAGCUUUGGGCGGCAUGUCAUUACACACAUCGGUAUCCGAAUCAAAUGCUGGUCUGUGGCAUUACGGUGGCUCGAAAUGACUGCGCCGCCAAGCAUCGUCAGCAGCACCCGAGUUGCUCUCAAGCCGGCUUCAUUACUAUUCCAGGUAGCAAUGCUUAGCCGUUUCUAUGACCAUGUCCACCUAUCCUUUGCGAUGUGGCGGAUGGUUUGUCGCAUGAGUUACAUGAUAG